AUGCUGCACGCGCGCCACCGCGCCGCCGCCAUCACCGACAAGCUCGCCGACCGCCGCUCGCGCUACACGGCGGUGGAGGAGCUGGCGGCGGACGUGAUGCUGCACGCGCGCCACCGCGCCGCCGCCAUCACCGACAAGCUCGCCGACCGCCGCUCGCGCUACACGGCGGUGGAGGAGCUGGCGGCGGACGUGAUGCUGCACGCGCGCCACCGCGCCGCCGCCAUCACCGACAAGCUCGCCGACCGCCGCUCGCGCUACACGGCGGUGGAGGAGCUGGCGGCGGACGUGAUGCUGCACGCGCGCCACCGCGCCGCCGCCAUCACCGACAAGCUCGCCGACCGCCGCUCGCGCUACACGGCGGUGGAGGAGCUGGCGGCGGACGUGAUGCUGCACGCGCGCCACCGCGCCGCCGCCAUCACCGACAAGCUCGCCGACCGCCGCUCGCGCUACACGGCGGUGGAGGAGCUGGCGGCGGACGUGAUGCUGCACGCGCGCCACCGCGCCGCCGCCAUCACCGACAAGCUCGCCGACCGCCGCUCGCGCUACACGGCGGUGGAGGAGCUGGCGGCGGACGUGAUGCUGCACGCGCGCCACCGCGCCGCCGCCAUCACCGACAAGCUCGCCGACCGCCGCUCGCGCUACACGGCGGUGGAGGAGCUGGCGGCGGACGUGAUGCUGCACGCGCGCCACCGCGCCGCCGCCAUCACCGACAAGCUCGCCGACCGCCGCUCGCGCUACACGGCGGUGGAGGAGCUGGCGGCGGACGUGAUGCUGCACGCGCGCCACCGCGCCGCCGCCAUCACCGACAAGCUCGCCGACCGCCGCUCGCGCUACACGGCGGUGGAGGAGCUGGCGGCGGACGUGAUGCUGCACGCGCGCCACCGCGCCGCCGCCAUCACCGACAAGCUCGCCGACCGCCGCUCGCGCUACACGGCGGUGGAGGAGCUGGCGGCGGACGUGAUGCUGCACGCGCGCCACCGCGCCGCCGCUAUCACCGACAAGCUCGCCGACCGCCGCUCGCGCUACACGGCGGUGGAGGAGCUGGCGGCGGACGUGAUGCUGCACGCGCGCCACCGCGCCGCCGCCAUCACCGACAAGCUCGCCGACCGCCGCUCGCGCUACACGGCGGUGGAGGAGCUGGCGGCGGACGUGAUGCUGCACGCGCGCCACCGCGCCGCCGCCAUCACCGACAAGCUCGCCGACCGCCGCUCGCGCUACACGGCGGUGGAGGAGCUGGCGGCGGACGUGAUGCUGCACGCGCGCCACCGCGCCGCCGCCAUCACCGACAAGCUCGCCGACCGCCGCUCGCGCUACACGGCGGUGGAGGAGCUGGCGGCGGACGUGAUGCUGCACGCGCGCCACCGCGCCGCCGCCAUCACCGACAAGCUCGCCGACCGCCGCUCGCGCUACACGGCGGUGGAGGAGCUGGCGGCGGACGUGAUGCUGCACGCGCGCCACCGCGCCGCCGCCAUCACCGACAAGCUCGCCGACCGCCGCUCGCGCUACACGGCGGUGGAGGAGCUGGCGGCGGACGUGAUGCUGCAAGCGCGCCACCGCGCCGCCGCCAUCACCGACAAGCUCGCCGACCGCCGCUCGCGCUACACGGCGGUGGAGGAGCUGGCGGCGGACGUGAUGCUGCACGCGCGCCACCGCGCCGCCGCUAUCACCGGCAAGCUCGCCGACCGCCGCUCGCGCUACACGGCGGUGGAGGAGCUGGCGGCGGACGUGAUGCUGCACGCGCGCCACCGCGCCGCCGCCAUCACCGACAAGCUCGCCGACCGCCGCUCGCGCUACACGGCGGUGGAGGAGCUGGCGGCGGACGUGAUGCUGCACGCGCGCCACCGCGCCGCCGCCAUCACCGACAAGCUCGCCGACCGCCGCUCGCGCUACACGGCGGUGGAGGAGCUGGCGGCGGACGUGAUGCUGCACGCGCGCCACCGCGCCGCCGCCAUCACCGACAAGCUCGCCGACCGCGUCUAG